UCCAACCCGCUUUUAUCCUUUAAUAAUCAAGUCAGAGAAGUGCAUCUUUACACAGAUAACCACAGACGUGGGAUGUAUUUGCAGAUGAACAUGGAUGGGAGAGUCACAGGAAGUGAUGCUCAGACACCUUACAGUUUGCUGCAGCUGAAAUCAGUUAAACCAGGCCAUGUUAUCAUUAAAGGACCAUCAUCAUCUCUUUUUCUCUGUAUGGAUAGCGAAGGCAAUCUGAAAGGGCAGAGUCACUAUUCAGAAACCAGCUGCACCUUCAGAGAAAUGCUGCUGGCUGACGGAUACACCCGUUUCAUUUCCUCACAAUAUGGAUUUCCCAUGUCACUGGCAUCAAGACAUUCCCCAGAUCGACACGCACUUCCCUUUACACGGUUCCUACCACUGAGGAAUAACUUGAAAACGGAUAGCGUAUCUGAGCAGAUGCCAAACAAUCAGAGACUUUUUAACGUGGACUCUGAUGACCUUCUUGGAAUGGGUCUAAAUUCUAUGGGCAGUCCUCAGUUUUCUAUGGACAAAUAA